AUGACCCACUCACCACCACCCCCGAAGCCUGCGCCGCCCCCGGCCCCAGCGGCGCCGGCAGCCAAACAUGGCCCCGUCACCGUCCACCGCGACCUGCGGACGUACCUGCCCCCGAUCCUCUCCCGCUUCCUCGGGUACAAACAGCAGCCCCUCCGACCGCUGCCCUUCCCCCCGUUCAGCUGGCUCUCAAAGAUCCCCCUCAAGUACGAAGUAUGGGGACUCGGCCUCCUCGCGUCCUUCGUGGGCAUCAUGCUCGUCGAGCUCGUCAUGGCGACGGCGUUCGCGGACCAGGACAUUAUCCUCAUCGUUGCGUCCUUCGGCGCAUCGGCAGUUUUGAUCUACGGCACGAUCGAGUCUCCCCUGGCGCAGCCCCGACAUCUGCUGGGAGGGCACGUUAUUGCGGCCAUUCUCGGCGUCGCGAUCACGAGACUGUUUAGGAAAGCGAGCAACUACGAGCUGCACGACACGACGCACACGGGCGAGCUGCGGCACAUCGUCUGGCUCAACGGCGCGCUCAGCAUGAGUGUCGCCCUGACCAUGAUGCAGAUUACGGGCACGGUGCACCCUCCGGCCGGCGCGACCGCGCUCAUCGCCUCGGUGCAACCGGCCGCGGUGCACAUGUCCUGGCACUUCAUCUACAUUGUCCUCAUCAGUGCGCUGCUCAUGCUGGGUUGGGCCAUGAUCAUCAACAACGUCGGCCGGAGGCGGUACCCUACCUACUGGCUCAGCGGGAGCACGGUGUUUGUCAAGCCGCCACAGAAGCUCGACCCUGAGGCCGGUCUGACCCCUUCAUCUGCUGCCAACGGGGGUCCCUCCGAGGUGUCUACUGCCGGAUCGACCGUCAAUGGCGGUGUAGGAGGGGUGCAGGGCGGAGAGCGGCUUCAGCGCACAACGACAGAUGAGGUCAUGAUGGCCGCGAUUGAGGGGCGGAACGACGGCAUGGAACGCAUGGUCCGGAGCCUGAGUCGGGAGGGCCCGGUCGAGAGCAAGGACGCGGCGGAGAUGGCCGCUAUUGAGGGACGGAACGAUGGGAUGCAGAGGCUCGUCAGGAGUCUGAGCCGCGAGAGGCUGUAG